AUGAGAAGUUUGGAUAUGAAAUAUUGUUGUGGUAAAAAAGUAACAUGGUGUGCUGUCUGAAUGGACCCAUCAGUUUCAUCAAGAAACACUGGUCGCUCGUAAUAAUAUUCGCUGCAAUGAUUCACUGUCUGUUUUUCGGUGGUUUUAUUUUCAGCUACAACUUACUUUAUCUUGAGCUUAGGAAAUCAUUUAAUUCUACUGCAACGGAGACAGGUGUGCCUGGUGCUAUCUCAAUCUCACUAUUCAGUUGGUGCUCUGUUGUCGUGACAUUCUUUUUCCAGAAACUUGGCCAUCGAGCGACAGUAUUCAUUGGCGUGACGCUAUGUUGUCUAGGUCUUUUAACAUCAUCAUUUGCGCAACAAAUUUCGAUUUUAUACAUCACAUACGGUGUGUUUUAUGGACUUGGCCUUAGCCUUACUUAUGUUACUAUUAUCGAUUUAAUAAUAAGGAAUUUCGACAAACGCAACGCAACAAGAGCGACUUGCUCGGCAUUGACUGGCGUAAGCCUAGGCCUUCUAGCUGCACCAUGGAUUGAGUGGCUGUAUGAAAAGUACUCAUGGCGUAAUACGUUGAGAAUAAUCAGUGGCUGUUUGGCAUUAGUUGGAUAUUCAACUGGACUAGUAAUGAUAGAUAUGAAACCAACGCAUGUAAAACUAUCCAUCGCAUGCGAAAAAUACGAAAACGAUAAAUGCAGCGGUGGGCCUAUCUGUGAUAGCUCUAAAGAUGGCGACAAUAUUGAAACGUAUACACAGACACAUAGCAAUAAAGAAGUGUAUGCGGUGGAAAAAAAGAUGGACACAAAAUUUGAAGUUGAUUUAAUAAGAAACAAAUCUUGCAUAGCAAAAUAUAUUGCUGUGCUUAAAAGAAGAGAUUUUACCAUUUCUUUACCUGGUAUCUUGCUGGCGGCGACUGCUACAAUGUUUACAUACAUCAGCGUUGGCAACUUUCUGUUUGAAGCAGGAAUGGAUAACGAUCAUAUAGCUCUAGUUAUAGUUUGGAUGGGCAUAGGUGAUCUUACUGGAAGGAUAAUAGCUGCCGUAUUUUCGGAUGGAUUGCCGAUAUCGAGGACUUUCCAAUACGCUUUAAGUAACGUUGUUGCUGCAGCACCUUCAGUCGCUUUACCUUUUAUAUCGUCAUCAAGUGGUUUAACAGCAGCAUUGAUUAUAAUGAGUGUUCCGCGUGCAAUUCUAAAUGUUUUGCUACCUUCCGUUGCAAUGGAAAUAUCCUCUGAUGAGACUCGGUCUGAAGCAGUCGCUUUAAUCUAUAUGGCGUUUGGUGCCGGGACAUUUAUCACACCUUAUCUCACAGACACUUUGUUUGACAAUACCGGAUCUUACGUCAUGCCCUGGUUCAUCUGUACUACACUGUACCUGAUUUCAGCCGUGUUCCUGUUGCUUGCCGUGUAUGCAAAGAGAAAACACGAAAGGACAAGUAUUCAAAAGUACGAUCGAGUAGAAAAAGAUGAUUGCGAGAUAGCUAAAACAGAGUUAAAAUAAUAUUUGUCAAAAGUUACUCAGGAUUAAUUAGGGUCACAGUUUCAACAAAAAAAAGUAACUUUUUUAUAUUAGAUAAGUAGGCCUACAAGGUAUUUAUUUAUAAAAUAUUAAAAAAAGAAUAGUAAAAUAAACAAAAAUUAUACACUUGGUUUUAUAAGCACAGGUAAGAAAAGGACAAUAGGGAAAAUAUUUCAAUUUACUGAAGUUAACUCAAAAACUUGGAGAAGUUAUAAUUUUGUAUUUGUAAUGCAACAUGCAUUAUUCUGAUUUUCGUGUGGAGGUACCACUAGUUUACUAGCUAUGUUACUGAAUUUGUGAGAAGCAUCGAAAAAGAAUUUGUUGAAUACCGUGCAUUACAGCCAAGACGCUUGAUUUAGAGUUUUUGGAUUUUCGUCCUUAUUCAGAGGCAAUGUGGAAUGCGUUAUAAUUAAUUUGUUUUUCACAAGGAUGCAACGGAAGGGAUGAAUACUAUCGACGUAGCCCCUGCUGCCCCUCCCGCCCGCUGGCGCCGCCACUGAUUAUAACGUUAAUACGUGAAUCAGAAAAACUUAGGAAGUUAGCUAAUUUGCAUACAACUUAUUCCAAUAACUAACAAACUACCAACAGAGGGCGACAUUUGUCGUGAUUUCAAAUUACUGUAGUAAAGAAAUCUGUUUCCAAGCCGACUCUUAAUCUAUGGAAUUCACUAUUUAGAUAUGUACUGUCCAUCAUGAGCAAAAAAAUAUUUUUAAAAAUCAAUUCCAGAUUUGAAUUGUUUAAUUUGCAUAUUUAAUUUACAAUAAAAAUAUUGAAUGAUAAUUUUUUUCGUCAUUAACAGACAGUUAAAUAAUAGCUUUCCUGUAUUCUUUUGAAUAGUUAAUCAUUUUUUUAAAUUUUUGAUGAUAAUAAUUUAUUGAAACGACACCUUUAUAUCUGUGGCACACGCUCAUACACGGUGCGUUCACAUACAAAACAAGAUAAUAAGUUUUAAAUAAACCAUAAAAAUCACAGAGUAAAUUACAAAAUGAAAUUAAAAAAAGUUUUAAACACAGUAACAAUGCCAAAACUAUCAAAGUUGUAAUUGUUAGGUUUUCAAUUCCUUUUUUCCAAUUGCUAUUGAAUGUCUUGUAGGUCUAUUAUCAGCUAUUUUUUCGAUCCGUUUCUGGUUUUAAAAUGCAACCAUGUUAUUUGAUGUGAAGCUAGAGGGCGUCAGCAGUUAUUCAAGCGACAUGAGAUAUUACACAUGAAAUUCUAGUGCAGUGUUCUAUUGUCAUAAUCGCCGUUAAGCGAAAUGUUUAUAACUAUAAAAAGUGUUUUUGUAGAAUAACUUACAGUUCUUGGAUGAUGUUUAAUAUUUGAACGUAUUGUACCAUUAGUCGGGCCGACCUACUGGCACUGCUUGACAGACCCCGUGGUUUCAUGCAAAUAAAUAUUUAUUUAUUUACUUUCUUUUAAAGUAAGAGAAGUGAAUACAAUACUACUAGUCGUAAUUACAAAUUUGAACACUUCACAGAAAUCCUAUAAAAAAAAAAAAUCACUAUUGACAUUUCUAUCAUAAAAAGAAUAGUAAUAAACAUGAAGAUUUUUAAAAUAAGACUUUUGGUGAUACGCAUGUAAAAGUGAGAAUAACGGGCCUUUAAUAAUGUAGAACAGAAAGAAUGAUAAAAAAAAGCUAUUCAGAAAAUACAACAAUGUAAAAUCCCAGAAAAUUAUAUGCAUUAAGAGAAACAAAAAAAAAAAUAAAAUAAAAAAAAAAAUCAGUUGAACGAAAAUGGGGACUUAUUAUGGAUGCAUUGAAUUGGUCUAUAUACCCUAUUACAUUUCUUAGGCCUAUUUAACGGGUCCGAUCAGUGCGUUUGGAUGAGAGCGCGCGUACUUAGCGAGCCGCUUUAAGCCAUUCAGAAAACUGGAAACGUUGUUUACAUUUUCAACGUUCAUAAAAUACGUUGGUGACUAUUAUUUAAUUAUAACAGUUUGCGAUAUCCACUUUAAAAUAGAACUGCCUAUCAAGCUAUCUUUAUUGUAUUUGAGCUACAAAUAGCUGUUUCCUGCCUACAUCAAGUAAACUGUAAGGUAUUUAAACAUCGAUCCUCAUUUUUUCCAGGUUACCUGAUUUAUCAUUUAUCACAUUUUUAUCGUUUUCCGGUUGUUUUUUCUUCUGUUGCGUGUUCGUCAUGAUUGAUGCUAUCUUUAAUUGAUUCUAUUUGAUUUGUGGAAUACGUCGAAACGCACAAAGUAGACAUUAUUUAUUAUUAAGUAUUAGUACAUGAUGCAACAACCGUGACAAGAGCCGCGGGAGGAGAUCGAGGGUUUUGGAUAAAACCACUAUAAUAUAAUCUGAUGGACACAUAGACAAUAUGAUAAAGGUUAACUUCUCAAGAUGUAUACAAUUUGCUAUUAUUUACAUUCUCAUUUUCGGUUUGUAAAUUGAUACGAUGUUUUAUUCAUCACGA